AUGAGCGCGCAAGCAGGUGCAGUGGCGAGACGAAAUGUGACGCGCUUCGGACGCGCCCCGCCGGUCACCAAAAAUCUUCGCAAAAAUCCCCGAACACUGCUGCCUCAACCACACGUCAAAAACCUCCUCGUUCGCGACAUUGCGCCGUGUCGAAUAAUGGACCACUACUACAAUACGCUUCAAGACGAUCUCAUGUAUAUGACCUACGUACACCAGGCUGCGCCGCCUAAACAACGGCAAAUCCGUUUAACUUUCGACCCGAACGACCCGUACGCGAGGAAUCGGUACAACCCCCCCGUCGGCGGGUCUCAGGUUGGGAGGAAGCCUGCACCAUUGGUCACACCCGAAGACGUUAUUCGUUUGGAGCGAAUACAGAUUCAUACCAUGGUGAAGGAAGCAAUCGGGAGUAGGAACAAUUUGCUACCGGCUAUAAUGGCCAUACGAGCUUUGACGGGCGAAACGUACCAAGGAGGGGGGAGGCAUUCGAAUGAUGGUAUACAGAUUGUGAAGGCCAGGAAGUCAGUCGGUGGGUGGUUGCGACCAGGAGUUCCCGUGGGGGUCAAAGUCGAUCUCAAGGGCCCCGCGAUGUACGAUUUCCUCGGCACACUCGUUGAUUUUGUCUUGCCUCGAAUACGAGACUUCCCCGGAUUCAUCCUCCCCCCCGCUUCGUCCUCCGUCAACUCCCCUAAUGCCGUAUCCGGUGUAGUCUCAUUCGGUUUACCUCCGGCAGCCAUGGGCUUCUUCCCCCAGAUUGAAGUGAACCAAGAUUCGUACCCGAAGAUGUUUGGCAUGCAUAUUCACCUAGUGACGAAUGCGACGGGACUUGGGGCGCAGAAUCGGGCCAGGGCCUUGGUUUCAGGCUUCCAGAUACCAUUUAUUAAAAAAUAA